AUGGCUUCGGUUCGGAUGGUCGGCAAAGUUGCGUCGAGACUUUUGGGAAGUCUUCAGCCUCUUCACUGCACUCUCAAAAGUACUCGUCCGGCUACAUUUCUUCAAAAGGUUCAACAGACGCGGCCUCUACUUGGAAAUUGUCAAGCUCUUUUCUGCAGUACACUCCCACCCUCCACUGAUGUGUCUUUGAAGUACAAACAUGGCCGUUUGGUUCUUGAGGUCCCGUUGCCAUCCAGGAAGGAGAAGUGUCUGUUCUUCCUCAGGCCUAUGCUGAUGAGUGUGGGAGACCUGAUCGAUGAUCUGCAGAGAGAAGACCCUGGAGCCGCCGCCUCUGUGCUCUCCCAAGAUGGAGAGCGUGUCGCCAGCAACACACUGAUAGAUGCUCUGCUGGACAAGGACUUCCAGCUCGUCAUCAAUGAUGCAGUUUAUAAUGUCUCCUCUCCUGAAAAGGUGUGCACAUCCAGUGAACAUGCCAUGGAGCUGGAGGACAUGAAGCAUGUCGUGCAUCUGCUGCACACAGCGCUUCACCUGCCUGAACACCACCUACUGCAGGAGAGGCAGCUGCUUGAGAGAAUGGACAAACUCAAACAAGAGCUGUCACCUCUGGAGAAGAUGAAGGCACAGCUGUCCCGUAGAGCAGAGUUCCACACAUCCAAGGCUGUUUGGAUCGGCAUGGCCCUGUUAUCUGUGCAGGGCGGUGCUCUGGCCUGGCUCACCUGGUGGGUCUAUUCAUGGGACGUCAUGGAGCCCGUCACUUACUUCAUCACCUACGCCACCAGCAUUGGAGCCUUCAGCUAUUAUGUCCUUACAAAGCAGGAUUAUGUAUAUCCAGAUGCUAAGGACAGACAGUUCCUGCAUUACUUUUAUAAGGGGGCCAGAAAGAAGAAUUUCAACGUGAACAAAUACAAUGAACUGAAGGAUGAACUGGCUCAGGUGGAGGACGACCUGAAACGUCUGAGGUAUCCAACUCAACUUCAGUUACCACUGGAACAGAUCCAGCCAAAGCCAUGAACGAAGCCAAGCCAUGAACACGUCGUCACUCACACGUAGAUCUCCAGAGCAAAAACACUUUUUCUGCUUUAUUUUAAUAAUGGCACAUUUUUAAACAGGAAUCCAUAUCAUUUGGUGUUUUGUUUACAAUCUUGAUAAUGUUGCCAGGUGUAUAACACUGAGAACUAUUGAAAUAAAAAGUAUUUCCUGAA